AUGUCGCUGGAGGAAACUGGACUAUGGCGCUACGCUACGACCGACGAUGAGACGCGCGGGGUCUUUCAGAAGAAAUCCGUUGCGGGGCAGCAGGGCAGCAGGGCGCACAGGGCUGCAGGGCAGCAGGGCGCGUGGGGCAAACAGGGCAGCAGGGCGCACAGGGCUGCAGGGCAGCAGGGCGCACAGGGCUGCAGGGCAGCAGGGCGCGCGGGGCGCGCAGGGCUGCAGUGCGCGCAGGGCGCGCAGGGCAGCAGGACAACAGGGCGCACAGGGCGCGCAGGGCUGCAGGGCGCACGGGGCGCAGCGGAGCUGCAGGGCGCGCGGGGCGCGCAGGGCAACAGCAAGGGCUGUAGCGGCAACAGCAAGGGCUGUAGCGGCAGCAGCAGGGCAGCAAGGCGCACAGGGCUGCAGGGCAGCAGGGCGCACAGGGCUGCAGGGCAGCAGGGCGCGCGGGGCGCGCAGGGCUGCAGGGCGCGCGGGGCACACAGGGCAGCAGGGCAGCAGGGCGCACAGGGCUGCAGGGCAGCAGGGCGCGCGGGGCAAACAGGGCAGCAGGGCGCGCGGGGCAAACAGGGCAGCAGGGCGCACAGGGCUGCAAGGCAGCAGGGCGCACAGGGCUGCAGGGCAGCAGGGCGCGCGGGGCGCGCAGGGCUGCAGUGCGCGCAGGGCGCGCAGGGCAGCAGGACAGCAGGGCGCGCAGGGCGCGCAGGGCUGCAGGGCGCGCGGGGCGCACAGGGCAGCAGGGCGCGCAGGGCGCAGCAGGGCUGCAGGGCGCGCGGGGCGCGCAGGGCAGCAGCAAGGGCUGUAGCGGCAACAGCAAGGGCUGUAGCGGCAGCAGCAGGGCAGCAGGGCGCACAGGGCUGCAGGGCAGCAGGGCGCACAGGGCUGCAGGGCAGUAGGGCGCGCGGGGCGCGCAGGGCUGCAGGGCGCGCAUGGCGCGCAGGGCAGCAGGACAGCAGGGCGCGAGGGGCAAACAGGGCAGCAGGGCGCACAGGGCUGCAGGGCAGCAGGGCGCACAGGGCUGCAGGGCAGCAGGGCGCGCGGGGCGCGCAGGGCUGCAGUGCGUGCAGGGCGCACAGGGCAGCAGGACAGCAGGGCGCGCAGGGCGCGCAGGGCUGCAGGGCAGCAGGGCGCGCGGGGCGCGCAGGGCUGCAGUGCGCGCAGGGCGCGCAGGGCAGCAGGACAGCAGGGCGCGAGGGGCAAACAGGGCAGCAGGGCGCACAGGGCUGCAGGGCAGCAGGGCGCGCGGGGCGCGCAGGGCUGCAGUGCGCGCAGGGCAGCAGGACAGCAGGGCGCGCAGGGCUGCAGGGCAGCACAGGGCUGCAGAUCCCCUCCCCCCCACCGCUGCACCCGCAGCAGGGGGAUGGAGGAGAAGUGGGGGGGGGGGGGGGGGGGCUGAUGCUGCAACUCCCCUCCCCCCCACUGCUGCUGCAGAUCCCCUCCCCCCCACUGCUGCACCCGCAGCAGGGGUGGAGGAGAAAGGGGGGGGGGGGGCGGGGGGGGCUGGUGCUGCAGAUCCCCUCCUGCCUCCCCCUGAACCUCCAAGCUCCCCCCCCUUCCCAACACAGGGUGCGGCAGGGAGAGAGUGAGGAGAAAAGGGCGGGGGGGGGGGGGGGGGGGUGA